CCUGGCGACUGGAGAAGGAACGGCUUUGAUUGGCCACGGGGUGAAACCGCGCGUUUUUAUUGGUUGGGUGAAGGGCGAGCAAACAGCUGGGUUGUGAAGAUGGCGGCGCUGGGGUCGCCUCUUCGCACCUUUCGUAGUCUCUUACGCGAGCUGCGAUAUGCGAAAGGCGAAACUGGUCGCUCCUACCGGGACACGGCGGCUUAUCAGCACUUGAGGGAGGGCUUCCGCGCGCAUCGGGUAACCAGUGAAAAACUAUGCAGGGCACAGCAUGAUCUGCACUUCCAGGCUGCUACCUAUCUCUGUCUCCUACGUAGUGUCCGGGAGCACUUAACACUACAUCAAGAAUAUCAUGGUGGUGGUGGUGAAUGCUCACUAGAGGAAGUGGCUGGGCAUGUGGGACUUAAGCUGCCUCAACAGCCUGGAGGGCAAGGAUGGGAGACAUAAAUAUGAAAGGAUCAGCUAUUACUUCACAAGAACUUUAAAAUGACUCUGUUUAAAUAAAACUCUGUUUAAAUAAAAAUACUUGUAUGGAGAACGUAUAACAGGAUCUUUGUGGUAUUGAUGGGUUUAACAUAAAAUUACAUUGUCCGCAAAAAGUUUUUCUGAUAUGUAUACCAAUCUUUAUUGUUAUGGUCCCAAACCACAAUAAAAUACAAAUAUAAUACCAA